GCUUAUCUACAUAACUCAAUUACCAUGCAUAAUCGAGAGGCUGGUAAUCGCUCGGUAUGCUCGCCUGCGCAUAGAUGGAGACAGUGUUACAACCAUUGCACACAAAUCCUGGUUGCUAGAAUUUUACUCUUCCUCGCCAGCUUUAAAGAAUUUCGACAAAAAAUUAGUGAGCGUUCCCAGUUAAGAACACUUAUUCAACUACUCGAGCCAACUCUGGAUCCGCAACUGCUCUGUCUUUUGCUUCAGACUAUAGCACUUAUAGCCUUGAAUCCAUCAACACACCGUCAUUUUAUUGAAAUGCAGGUGGAUAAUCCGCUUAUUCAGAUGCUUCUUCCAGCCGAUGAUUGGUAUUAUACAAAUCAUAGCACUAAAUUUGGCCAUUUUGUUAAACACCAUGCCGCUCGAAUAUUAAUUUAUAUUGGUCUAGGGGAGAGAGUUGGAAAUCGAGUUUCUCUGUUCGAUGACUCCCUUUUGGCAACCUCAGUCACUCGUAGAUCCUUAACUAGCAGUCAGGGUCAAGCAGCAAACAAUUCCACCUCGGCAAAUGAGGACGACUAUAUUUGUGAAACUCUUAGACCGGCUACAAUGGCACAAGAAUUUAGCCGAACAGCAAUGUCAGUAGAAGGCAUUCUUCUAAAAAUAAUGCAAGAACUAAGCAGAAACCAGGCUUCAAAUGGCACUGGAAGCGGAGCACAGGAGCCUAUUAGCGAGGAAACACCCAGUGCUUGUGCGAGCGUGAUCGCUUCACCUACAGUCCAAGUUCGAUCUAUUGUUGUUGGUCAAAAUAGUGCAAAUUGUAUUAUUGAGGAGUGUGAAGAGAAGCCUGAUUCUCCACUUCCACCAUUAAUAAUGCCAUCACCAGCUUUUAUUGACGAUACACCUACUAGUACACCUCCAACUUCUGUUGAGGCAAAUUUAUGUACUGCUCGGAAUACAUCUAACCCGUUUAUUUCAUCUACGUAUUCAAAAUCAGCUUCAACUAGUCCAGACACUCCUUCAACUUCUCCUCACAAUUUAUUAACAAACAGACAAUCAACUCCAGUUUUGGGGCCGCCUGUAUCCCCAUCCUCUACAACAACAUGUUCAUCAACACUUACAAGGGCAACAACACCCUCAACAUCAUCAAGUAUAAUCCAACAACAACAACAAUUAACAGUUCCCGGUCAACAACAACAAAUUCAUCAACAAAUAACACAACCACAACAGCAACAUAAACCUACUCCUACAGUAACUAGCCAACCUAGACCAACUAGUGUUGCUGUUCCCGAAAAACAAUUACAAUCACAGGCUGUUAAGCGCGCCCCUUCUUCACCUCCUGCUUCUGUUAGUGCGACAGUAGCGAGAGUGUACAACACAUUAGUUUGUAUAAACAACUUGGAAACACACCUCUGCAAAUUUUCACUAGUACUUGAUCCUAUGUUGUUGUUGCGACUUUUGUUACACAAACUUUCAUGGGAUCUUUCGCUUGUUGCUAAAAAACGUCCAACAAUAUAUGGACAAGUUGGCAGUGCGAAUGCGACCCCUACAGCAACACCUAUUAUUACUUCUGUUGCCGAUUCCCGAAGAGCACAUUCAAGUUGUUCGUUGGGAAGUUCAUUUAAAAGAGGAUGUGAGGAACAAAACAGUAAGAAUAGCAUAAAAGACAGCAAACGUUUUUUACGGGUGGACUACGCCGGAGGCUCUUCGAGGUUGUCAAAACGUGUCCAUAUUAGGAGAUCAAGUUCUGUCGAGAUUCCUCGUCCCAAGCGCUUCAGCAGUGGCGCCAAAGAGUUGAGAAAGGAACGGAAUCGAAAACGACUUGGAACCGAUACAAGCAGCGGGAGUGGAAAGUCAAAGAAAACAAAUUCUUCUUCAACAUCCAGCGUUCAGAAGCAUUUACCCAAAUAUUUGACUAAUCUUUUUCGAGGCCGAAUGGGCACAGAUCCGUGUAAGAGGCAUCAUAGCCGUGCUAGUCGAGAAUCUAGCCCCGACAGUCCUUUGAGUGGAUCUGAGGCAGUUUUGGAGUUUACCAAAAAACUACAGAAUAUUCCACCUACAAGGAGAGAUACGCUUAGGAUGGCUUAUAAACAGGCAGGACAACAGGAUAGUGCGGGGACUGCUGGGAGUGCUGGGGAACGAAUACAGCGGCAUAUUGGCUAUGGGCAUUUACCCGAGUUGGAGGUCAACAGUGCAUCCCCUCCCCGUUCACCCCUAAUCAGCACGGCCAUAGUCGCAGCAGCGGCACUCACUAGCGAGAAUAACAGCGCUUCCUCUUCAGUUGCUGUAGCCAGUGGAAAUGUUGUCGACUUACGACGUCCUUCCAGCCCUCCUGUUUUGCCGGGAUUACCACUUAUCGAGAUCCGUCGACCUUCAGCUUUAUCUCAAUUUGAAUUUGGCUAUUUUGUUAAUUCUCCAGAGGUCAUGUCAAAUAGUCAAGGUGGAAGUGCGACGGGGAGUGUGUCUGAUGAUUGCGCACCUUUGUUGUUGAGUGGUGGACCAAGUCAAGUUCAAAUUUGUUCCAGAAAGUCUUCAGAUGAAAGUUCAAUGUGUGGCUGGAGUUCUCGCGCAAGCUCUCGCCUCUCCCAACGGUCCUCAUCUGGCGGCCUUCGACUCUCCACCUUCUCAGGAGGCACUUCAAUUGCUUCGGACAACUCAGGCCCAUUCAUAUUCAGCUUCGUCCUUCGAAAGAGAGCAUCGACCAUUGGAACACGCAUACCUUUACCAAAGAGGGCCAUCUCUCGUUCAAGUGGAGAUAGCAGUUUGAGAGUGCCUGACAGAGAAAGCCCUUUACAACUCCUUUGUGGAAUCGAAAUGAGUCCCGAUUUCCAUUGUGUAAGGCAAUUAUUGUUGGAUUUAAUGUCUAUGUAUAGCAAUAAAGAUCAAAAUUUUGUUUGCACACUGCGAUCAUGUUCUGACAUGCUUCGUCAAGUUUUGAAUACUCCUCAACACCCAGGAGUUAAAAGCUGGUGUGCUGAUAUUUUAAACGUGAUUAAUAGUCAAUUAGAAACUGAAGAGGAGAGCAAGUUGGAGAGUGAGGAGAGGAUUAAUGAUGAUUAUUUGGAUCUUCAAGACCAAAUAAUUUCCGGCUCCCUACCCUGCCCCAAAGAAGAAGCAGCAUUACUCGCAGCAGUCCAACUCUGUGUAGAAGAGAAUUGGCCUAACAACAAACGAACACAAACAAUCCGUCGGCAUCUUCUAAAAGGCCAAUUUGGUCGGAUACGCGAUCUGGCCCAGAAAAUAAUGAUAACUCCUUGGGAAGUUGACCAGGCUUUGUACUGCACCCCUCCUAGAGCUCUAAGCGAUUCUGCCGCCAGCAAUCGAAAAAUUUCAACGAAUCCAAACGUUAAAGGAGGAGGGGUAUUAGACUUACAAAUAACUGAGCAACAACAACAACAUGGUAAUAGAAGAAGGAGAUCGUUGACACUUUUCAGUUGUAUGUCUGAAAGGGACCCAAUGCUGUCUGAAGAUGUACAGGCACAAUGUUUGCCGAUGGACUUGCGUGGGGAUAGAAGAACUGUUAGAUUGAUUAGGGAACGCAAACGAAAACUUUUUCAUAGUCAAAUAUACGAAUCAGAACAGGCCAUGAAACGCCUAUAUGUCCAAACAGCUCGGAAAUUGCCCGCCUAUGGUUGCAAGGUUUACCAAGUAAAAGAAUUACUGCAUGGACGGACUUUACGCAAAAAUGUCCGAUUACUCUGUUUGUCAAACUCUCAAUUUUGCCUACUUGAUGGAUGCUCCAAAUUCGCCUUGAGACGGCAACACGCUGCAACUCUACAACAAUGGAGGGUGGGAGGUGGUGUGAGUAAACACCAAUUGCUACUGGAAUUUAGAGGAACAAAGUGGCAACUGAUUGCCCCCUCCUACAAUAUACUCAAAUCAAUAUCAAUGACCCUUUGGGAAAUCAUGCAAUCUCGCACAAGCCUCUUCAUCCAAAAGACGUUCAAUCGUUCAGCCAGAACAAGUUUUGGACUCUUCGAUCGGCCAGAAAGCCGAGAGGGGACGACAACCACAAAUCAUAGUGGAGGGUCUAGAACAACCUCCUACUCAUCUACAUGUUCUUCUAUAAGGAAUAGCAAUGGAUUGUUAUGUAAUAGGGAUGAGCCGAUUACUUUAUUUAGAUUGGAGCUUGAGAGAUUACAGUAUAUUCUACAUUUCCCAGAGGAAGUUGCUUUUCAGCUAUCCUCAACUGAAUAUCAAAUGUUCUAUGGUAUUGCACCCAUAGAUUUUGUACGUUAUGUGGGAUGUGAUUUGGCCAAUAUAGACAUUCAAAAUAAUCCGAGCCCAGUCAAGAAUUUAGUGAAACGAUUAUCAGAAGUCUCUUCAUGGAUUACACAUGUAAUAAUCAGUCAACCUACCCAUGAGGAGCGUAAAAGUUGUUUGGCAGCGAUUGUAAGGGUAGUUGAUACCUGUUGGAAUAUUGGGAAUUUUAAUGCUGCUGUGGAAAUAUUAUUGGGAUUGAAGAGCCCUAGAUUGCGCCCUUUCUGGCUCUCUCUCAAACAAGAAGAGCGUCAACGUUUCGAAGAGUAUGUUGAAGUUCUCCUGCCCCAUGACCAAAAAACUGGGCAAACUUCUUCAGAACGUGGAAGUUGUAAUCAAAAGCAACCUUCCUCUCCCCAUCCUUUAUAUGUUGAAGCAAUGCAGAGAGCUUUAAGGAUGGUUCAGUGUCGAGUUAUCCCUUUCUUUGGCACUUUUUUGUAUGAUCUGUUUACUAUAGUCAACGACUUGCCUAAUUUAACUGUUGUUGGUCACAAUGGCGAAGCAGAAAAAUUAAAGGUAAAUUAA